UCUUCAUACAUAACGUCGAAGCUCAGAAAUCUGAAUAACUCGCUUCGCUUGCGUCCCUCCCUCUAUCUCUAAAAGACCCCAUCAUCUUUCUUUCUUCUCUCCUCCAUUGAAGAAUAAGAAACCCAAAUAUCUCUCUCUCUCUCUCUCUCUCAAUUUUUUCUCAAUUACGCUCGAGAAGCAGAGAAUCAUGGUGAACGUUAAAGGGUCUACAAAAAAAUCGAAUCUUGAUCGAUUCCUUCAUUGCAUAACACCUCUAGUCCCACCCCAAUCUCUCCCCAAGGCGGAGAAUAGAACCCUAAAUCGAUUGUGGCAUCCAUGGGAGAGAGAAAAGGUUGAGUUUUUCAGGUUGAGUGAUUUGUGGGAUUGUUAUGAUGAGUGGAGCGCUUAUGGAGCUAGUGUUCCUAUUCAUCUUUCCAAUGGUGAAUCAUCUCUUGUUCAAUACUAUGUUCCUUACCUCUCUGCCAUCCAGAUUUUCACCUCUCACUCCUCCUUGAUCAGAUUAAGGGAAGAGUCUGAAGAUGGGGAAUGUGAGGGUAGGGAUCCUUUUAGCGAUUCAGGUAGUGAUGAGAGUGUCUCUGAGGAAGGACCUGAGAACAACAACACGCUCUUGCAUCCAAAUGAUCGUUUGGGUUAUCUUUAUCUCCAAUACUUUGAGAGAUCAGCUCCUUAUACCAGAGUUCCUCUCAUGGAUAAGAUCAAUGAAUUGGCUCAGAGAUACCCUGGAUUGAUGUCGUUGAGAAGCGUAGAUCUUUCUCCAGCUAGUUGGAUGUCGGUAGCGUGGUACCCGAUUUACCAUAUACCAAUGGGAAGAACCAUUAAAGACUUAUCCACUUGUUUCCUCACUUAUCACACUCUUUCCUCUUCUUUCCAAGAUAUGGAACCAGAAGAAAAUGGUGGAGACAAGGAGAGGAUGCGGAAGGAAGGGGAAGACAUAACUCUGCUCCCAUUUGGGAUGGCUACUUACAAGAUGCAAUUGCAAGGCGAUGUUUGGCUUUCGCAGGAUCAUGAUGAUCAAGAAAGAUUGGCUUCGCUCUAUAGCGUUGCAGAUUCUUGGCUGAAACAGCUUAGGGUCCAACAUCAUGACUUCAACUACUUCUGCAGUAUGUCAAUGACUCAUCGUGGCUAAACCUCCGUUGGAUGAUGACAGCUCUGAUGUUUGCUUGUUUUCCUCAUAUAUAGUCUAAUUCUUGCUUUCUGCUGGAAUCACUGAAUCGAGCGAUUCAGUUGGCAGUGUUUUUGGUUAGUAUAUAGCGUUUUGAGUCUUCUAACCUUUGAGAAAUAUAUGUCGUAUAUAGAGUUUGUUUGCUUGUUGAAACAGAGUAAUUUGUUGUUUGCUUGUUAAAACAGAGUUAUUGUUUCUUAUAAGUAUGGUCGAGAGGAAGGAACAUAACUCUAUUGUGUGCCUCAGUACCGUUACUGAAAUAGUAAUGUAACGAACUAAAUCAUGUUAAUAGCCU